AUGAGACUUCUGCUAUUGACUAUGGGCCUGGCCCUGGUCUGUACCCUCCAGGUCAAGGCCACUGGUUCAGUAAAUGACAUCAAUUUCAACAAGCUUGUAGGAAGGUGGUAUCCUUUAUUCUUGGCCUCCAGUGAGGUGGGAAGCAACAUUGCAGCUUUUAUCCACAGUAUUGACAUGAAAGCAAACAAUCUGAUAUUUUACUUCACCCUCAGGAGAAAUGGUGAAUGUAGUCAAGUGCCAGUGCUUGCUUACAAGUUGGAAAACAAUAAAUACAAACUCCGAUAUCCAGGCAAUAAUGUAAUCUAUCUGGAAGCUGCUGAUCCAAAUGACUAUUUCCUGAUUUAUACAACUAAUGAGAUUCAUGGGAUGGAAAGCAAAGGUGUGGAGCUCUACAGCCGACAGAAAGGAGGGGAUUUGAAUCAAAUCAUAAAAAGUAAAUUUGAAGAAAUUUAUACAUUACAUGGACUUAAAAAAGAAAAUGUCAUUGACUUGAUAAAAACUGAUCCAUGUAGCCGCCUCUUAGAGUAGGGAAGUUGGCACCAGCAUGCAGGUUUGUGACAUCUGAUUUUAGGGCUAUACUCUAAGAGUGGUGGUUUGUGCUCUGAAAUCCAGCUGUGGCAUUGGAUGACAUUAUUGAAUCAUGGAAGACCUUGUUUAGUUCCAAGGCCAUUGUAGUGCUUGCUGCUCUAUCCUUCACUCCUCCCCAAAAACUAGAACUGAAAAUAGGAAUGGUAGUGCUUCUAGUAUCGUUAUUUCACCUCUAGUUCUUCUGAGCAUCAUUUUCUUCUUCCCUUCUAUUUUUCCUCUUCUAUUCACCUGGUUCAAUCCUGUUCUUGGGUGCUCUUCCCCUUCUUCCUUCCUUCUCUCUAUCUUCUACCAGACACCAAGAGGCAGCUGCCUUGGGGAGAGAAGACCAUUGUCUGGAUGUGGCUCAGGAAUCCAUCAUUGUUUGAUUUUCCAUCUCAAAACGUGAAUAAAGUGUCAGUUUAAGGGAUGAAAACUUCUAUUUUGCUCUUUUUUAGACAUUCCCAUUGCAUUUCUCUCCUUUAUAGUUACUAUUACUCCCCUUUACAAUUAGUAUUAUUAUUAUCAUUAUUAUUAUCCUGAAGAAUCAGGUUAAUCAUCUGUCACAAAUUCUUCCUCACUGAAAGGAUUCUUACCUAUAUUGGAUGGGAGAUUGAACAAGGUGAAAGUCACCUUCCAAAGUCUCUUCCAGUUUUAAAUUCCCAAGUUCUAUAUCUUUCUUGCUCUCUUCCUCUCCAGGUCAAACACCUGAAGGCUUUUUAACAUUUCUUAUAGAGCAUGGUUUUUGGACUCCUUACAAAUAAGUCAUCACCCUCUCGUUAAAGAACUCCUUUAAAUCAACAUCCCCUUUAAAAGGUGGUGCCCAGAACUGAAAAAGUAUCCAAAUGUAGUAUGUGCAAAGAAGAACCAAAUGGAAAAACUAACACCAAUGAUCUGUAUAACAUUAGUAUAACCACAAUUGUAUAUAUGUGUCUUAUUUGUGUGUAUAUACAUACACACAGACAUUACAAGUUACAUCAUACUAUUGAUUUAUAUUAAUUUUUGAUCAACCAAGACCUAGAAUGGAAUUUGAAGUUAGAUAUCUUGUGUCCCCCUCCCCAUAUGUGUUUCUGCUAUGCUCAAUUUCCCUUGUACUUAUGUAAUUAAUUAUUUGAAUCUUAAUGUAAAGAAUAAAAAAUACAUAAUGCAAGA